AUGGAGUCGAGAAAGGCAAAUGAAAAAGAUAUACAGAGGGAAUUCCCUGUGCCUGGCCCCUUUACUGAGGUCAGUUUGGCAAGUCCAUCACAGAACAGUGGCGAGAGUUCGCCAACUACCUGCCUGCCUCUUGCCCCAGGGCUGGCUUUCACACCAAGAGCACAUAGAGGUCGGAGCCUAAGCAGAGGCCACGCCUGGCCUGAAAAACCAAAGGUGUAUCAAGGUGUCCGGGUGAAGAUCACGGUGAAGGAGUUGCUGCAGCAGAGAAGGGCACACCAGGCAGCCUCAAGGGGAACCCUGUCUGGAAGCAGCAGUGUCCACCUUGCAGACCCAGUCGCACCAGCUUCUGCAGGACUGUAUUUUGAGCCUGAACCAAUUCCUUCCACACCCGGUUAUUUCCAACCCCAAGAAUUUUCCAGUUGUGUUUCUUGUGAGGAGAACCCAAGCCGUGUUGACCAGAUGUUCGAUUCCUACCUGCAGACAGAGACACACACAGACCCUUCGUUCAGUUCCAUGCAAAACAUGUCACACUGUUUCCCAGACAGCUUCCAGGCUGCUCCUUUCUGCUUUAAUCAGAGCCUGACCCCAGGAUCGCCUUCAGAUUCCUCCACUCUGUCUGGCUCCUUAGACUGCAGUUACUCACCAGCCCAGCUACCUUCCUAUGUGCCAGAGAAUUACAAUUCUCCCCCUUCUUUGGAGGCCAGAAACUGUGGGUAUCCCUCAGAAGACUACUCCUGCCAUCACUUGCCCUCGCACACCCAGUACAACUGCUUCUCCUCAGCCCCUGCCCCGGUCUGUUACUGCACGUCCUGUGAGGCAGAGCACUUGGACAUCAUCCGGGCAUCAGAGUAUUUUUCCUAUCCCAGCACAGACUAUAUGGACUUUCCUUCCUCCACUGCAGCAGCCAAUGAUUUCUAUAAAAGGGAAACAAACUGUGACAUCUGCUAUGGUUAA